ACUAUAUAGCUCAGUGAUUUAAAUAGACUUACCUACAUGUACAGGAAAAUAAUAGAUUGUGUCUGCAAGGCAAACUUUGGUGAAUAUUAUCAAACAAAAUCUAGCCAAACAGCAAACACAGAUACCGACUUAGCGUUACAAUCACAUCACGCUGUAGGCUACUGUAAAAUGGUUCGUGCCUGGUACAUGGAUGACUCUAAUGCUGACCAGAGGGAGACUCACAUGCUUGAUCCUCCUGUAUUUGUAAGCCUAGAUGAACUCUUUGAAAAAUGUGGUGUAGAAUAUAUGAAGUUUAAUGCAGAUACUUGGGAGACAAAUGUAGAGUUUGCUGAAUUGCGAAAGAAAAGAGGAUACACUUAUGAAGAUCUGUGUGAGAUAUCAAGAGAAACUCUGCCUGACUAUGAUAACAAGCUGAAGAACUUUUACACUGAACACAUUCAUUCAGAUGAAGAAAUACGAUUUGUUCUUGAAGGCUGUGGAUAUUUUGAUGUGAGGGAUUCUGAUGAUCGUUGGAUAAGAGUUGAAGUCUCCAAAGAUGAUCUCAUUAUUGUCCCUGCUGGAAUCUACCACAGAUUUUCACUUAACACUGAUAACUACAUCAAAGUAAAACGCUUGUUUGUAGGAGAGCCUGUUUGGACACCAAUCAAUCGUCCUGGUGCAGAUGAUCACCCUGUCAGACAAGAGUAUUUAAAACGCAUGCAGUCAUGUUAAAGAAACAGAGGAACUGAAAUCCAGUUAAAUAUUCUGAGAUUGUAUUUUUUAUUAUUUUUUGGUCAUAAUUUAUGGUCAGUGGGAAGUAAUAUAAACAGGAUUUUUGAAAUUCAAAUUAUGUAAGGAAAUAAUCAGAAAUUUUUUUUUUCUUUUGUUACAUGGCAGUAUUUGAUAAAUAAGGUUUAGCUAUGACUACUAAUUUUUUGUGUGAUCAGGUGUUGUGGUUUUGUGCAAUAUUACCUACCAAUUUAUAUGAAUAGUUCUAACAAAAAAAUUAUUUGAGUUUUGAUUUUCUUGAGGGUAAUUAGAUUAUUCCGUCUGGAGAUUUUUUUUACUCAUUGAAAGGCAAUUUACAACUAGUAGAUUCAGAGUCAAUUUUUUAAAAUAUACCAUAAGUAACUAUUUAUUCAUAAAGUGUAUAACACUUUCACUUUAGCAAUACAAUGUAGUUAUUUAUAUAUGUCAAUGCAGUAUAUGCCUUUAACUCCUAUUGCAGUUCAGUCAGCUAGGAACUUGCCAACAGUGCUUUUUUCACUUUUGCAUUUAUAGGGGUUUAGUAGUUUUUGGGGCUCUAAAUGAGGAGAAUGACAUGGUUACUUACAAUUUAACCUUUUACAGUGGUGACUAGUAUGUUUACAGAUUUAUUGUCAUAUUUCUUUAAAUAUCAGUAGGUAUUUAAAAUAAAACAGCUUAGACUGCUGUGUAUAAGGCCAACCUUAGAAAUGGUGUGCAUCUGAGGCUUUCUUUUGUUCUUAAAUAAUUGAAUGUAUACAGUUUUUAAAAUGACAAUUGUUGUUUUCCCAUUUUAUUAUUAUUUUUCAAAGUUAUCCCCCUUUGCAUGGAACAGUUUUUUUGUUUUUUGUUUUUUUUUAACAGGAAAUUUUAGUGAAUGUGUUAAUAUGAAUAAUCAGAUGUUCUGAAAAAAAUAAAAGCAACUUUGCAAGAAAUAUAAUGUACAGAAUUAUCUUCUAAAUUUUUUUUUUUAUCUAUUUAAUCAUUUAAACUGGUUCUUAACAUUAUACAUAUAAUAUACCCUAAAAAAGAAAAGGUUCCAUGAUGAAUGAACAUUUUUUUUUGUCAAGUAUUACACAGAUUUACAUGUAACUGUUCUUUUUACUAAUUUUGUAAUUUUUAAAGCAUUUUAAUGUGUAUUGCCUGUAACAUGAACUUUAUUUGUAUAUGUAUGAACAAUUUGUUGUGACUUAUAUUUUAUACAACUUGUAAUAUGGUAUCCAUGCACUAUGACACAAUCAUGAAUGUGGUAUAAGGGAGUUGAUGUGUAAUGUAACAUCCAACUGCUGUGUGAUCAUUAGUCAUUUAUCUCACAGGCAGUGAAAAAAUGGAGCAGUUGUAUUUCCUUAAAAGAGGAUAUUGUCUUGAAAUACAUAUUCUAUAUAAUGUUUGCAAGGGAGAAGAAUAAGAUUGAAAUAAUAAAAUAGAGGAAAAAGAAAAUUAACAUGAUUUAUAAAAAUGAAGAAAUAUCCCAGAGACAACCUUGACCUUGAAGCCAGUGGUAAACAUUCAACUAUCUAGUCAUUGCAGUUGUAAGUAUUACAUUACUGUUGUUAUUAUGGUUGUUACACAUCCCCUUCUAAUAUCACUGAGCAUAGAUCAACACUUAGUUCACCUGGCAUUAGGACAUUUGUGUCUCCACCUCGGAGAGUUCCGAUUCUAUUUGCAAAGCUACAGGAAAAAAAAAAUUUAAAAAAAUUCCCGUCAAAUGUGUUUGAUAAAAAUGUCUGUUCUGAUUUCAUCAUUUAUUUGUAAUUGGUAAUCCAUAAUUUAUUAGUGCAGUCAACAUUUUAAAGUAAAAAAAAAAAAAGAAUUGCUUUUAAAUCAAAAACUUGAUUGUCCAAAUUGUUGUGGAAUUAUAAAGGAAGCUACAGCCAAUUUUUGAUACUGAUAUCUGCAUAUAACAUUUGGAACUUGGUUGUGUAUUUUAAGUGCAUAAACCUUUUUUUUUUCCCUUAAAUGUUACAAAUAUUUAAGAAAUGUGCUUAUUUAUUGACGGUGCCAAUCAUUUACUUAGAAUGUUUAGAACAUAAAAUUGCAUUUUAAAACCUUAAUAUCGGUAACAAAACAAUGAUACACAAUUAUGUCUGUCAACGAAGCAUCAAGAGGUGUAAAACCCCUCACUGUUUUCAUGUUCUACAUUAUUCUUGUUUGUAUUUGUAAAUAUUUUGAAUUUAAAAAAAUGGCAAAUAUUUUGUUUAUUGACAGGCCAGUGGUUUAACUUUUUAAAAAAUAGGCAUUCAGUUCUAUUGUACCUAUCUUAACAUUCUAUUAGAUCUUAAGUCUUCUUGUACUUAAGUUUAUGUUGUGGACUCAUAAUGUGAAAAGCUAGGUGCUAACCCUACAAUAACUUAUUAUUUCCCCCCCCCCUCUUUUAGACCAUGGAUAAACCUGCAGUAAUUUAAAGUCAAGAAUGCUGAGUUUUAUCCCAUAGCUAAGUAUUAUCCAACAUUUGUAUUUAGUUAUUAUCCAAUUUCUUAACACACUAUCUAGUAAUAGUACAAGGUAUUUGGAACUGACCGUGAAGUGUCCAAGUCAUUUCUAUAGAGCUGCAUAAGUUUACUGAGCGACAUCACCUAUUUAUGUGAAAUGUUUGAAGUUACAAAACUAGUCAACAUACUUGCUCCAGGUAACUCAACUUCAGGGUGUAUUUUGAUCAUUGUAGAUUUCUUUUUUUAAUCUAUUUUGUUGAACUUAUAUAAAAACUUAACCAGAAAUGUGUAUUAUUAAGAACUAAAUUUUGUUUCACCAUAUAGUUGGAUUAUCUGCUCAAUAGUGUAUUCUAUUCUUACUUUAGUAAUGUUUUAUUUAAGAAAGCUCAAUUAUUUUAAUAAGUAUGCAGUUUCAAUUUUUUUUUAAUCUGCUCGUGGAUUUAAAAAUAAUUUGGUUGACUGGAAAAUGUUUUGUCCAGUGCUUUGGGUUGUUUCAUUGUGAAAGUGAGUUCAAAUGGAUACCAAGGGUUAGUUUGUGAUUAAAUGCAUGUUAUUUGAUCUUCUGUAUCAAGGGAGUUGAUAAUUAAAUUACAAUUUCACUUUUGAUCAAA